AUGUUAAACAAGCAACUAUUCCCUUUGUUUCUCGUUUACAUAGCGGUGGCCGUAGCCACGGCCACCGCGUCAUCUAAAGCUGCUAAGGAUACACUGGUCACGUGCAACAUGGUGUAUAGUAGCCUCGAACCAUGUCUUGGUUACGUGUUAGGUGGUGGAUUAAGCGUCCCGUCAGAGUGUUGCGGUGGGAUUAAAUCUCUCCUCAGCACGGGACGUACCAUAAAUGACCGCCAAAGCGCUUGCAAAUGCAUAAAGAGCGCUGGUUCAAACGCUAACGAAGCUCAAGUCAAUCGUGCUGCUACACUCCCUAGAAUUUGUAAGACCAAUGUUCCUUUCAAGAUUAGUCCACAUGUUGACUGUUCUAAGAGUAUGAAUACUCGUCCAGCUGUCAAAGUGUUGUACAACUGUAAAAGCUGUCUGCAUCAGAAAGUUGGUGAAGCUGCAGAGUACUUCACCAAUCAGAAGCAAGGAGGUUGCUUGUACGUUUGGUAA